GCGUUUUCUCGGGUGUAUAAAUGCCCUCUUUGUUCGCAGUUGAGUCAUAACUCCUUGUUUUGAUUCUGAGCGAUCUCUGACUUUGAAACAACAAUGAAGGUCCUCUGUGUUCUCCUUGUCGUGGUCGGAGCUGCAAUGUGCAGAGAGGUGGGCAAGGUGGCCCGACGGGAGGAGGGGUAUGUCUGCCCCCCACAGGAAGAAUCCUUCGGCUACAUGAGCUUCUGUGCCUGGGACCCCUGCGACAUGUUUGCUGAUGAGCCCUGUGCCGACGUCCCUGGCGCUGUCUGCAAAUUCGACGCCUGUCCUAACCAUGCGUGUAUACCGAUGUUCUUUGUUGGCAAGCAGUGGGUCGAGUGCAACGAUGUUGUUUAUCUCGACAAAUAAAUUGAAAUAUCCUCUGUAUUGUCACGGUUUGAACAAAACCUGAUAAUGUCUUUUGUACAGUGUGUAAUUUGUGAAAUAUGUCAAAUAAAUUGUAUAGAUUGUA